AUGUACAGGUACUUGGCGGCUUUCAAUGAUAGUGAAGGUAUUACCCUGGCGAUCUAUCCAGAGGCGUAUGCAGACUCGGAUGAGAAAUCGUCGGAGUCGGACGACGGUGAAAGUCGUGUUCCUCGAUACACUUCGGGAGUUUCGAGCGGUUUGCUAACUAUAGCCAUUGAUGCACUUCGAACUUUCAAUGCUAUAGAUUGUUGCUUAGACGUUACCACAGCAACAGUGAACUUUCAACCGUUCGAGCGACCGGAUAUAUACAGCAUAUUGAAAGGAAGGUUUCCUAGGGAGAUUCAUAUGUGUGUGACACGAUAUCACUGGUCGGAGGUCCCAAGUCGACGCGAUCAUGUAAAAGACUGGAUUGCUGAUCGAUUCGAAACGAAGGAAGAGAUGCUGCAGAG